UGUAUUGUUAUUUUCAUUUACAUUUACUUAUUAAAAUGCAUCUAGCUGUUGUUUGUUCAUUGCAUUUUGCUCCAUACCAUAUUGCCGAUAAGCCAAUGAUACAGAAGUUAUUGAAAUAUUCACCUCAACGUAUGCGAAAACUUAGAGAUGAUGCAAUUCCUUUGAGUAUUUAUGGUACAGACUAUUAUGAUAUACCUUUUAUAAGACCAGUGAAACCUUCUACACCAGUAAACAAAAUUGAUCCACCUAAAAUAGUUACUCCUGCGGGAGUAUUUGAUGUGUAAGUUUCCUAUAAAUAUUUUGUUUAUUGAAAUAUUCUAAUAAUUAUU